AUGUCCACAGAGCCAGAGCUUAGGUCUGCUGACAAGCCAGAGACAUUUGGCGAGGAACGGGGAAGAGGGUGGCAUCAUAUGCCUCUGUGUGACAUCCAGGGCAACGCUCUCAUCCUGAUGCAAGAAGAGGCAUGGUGCAAGAGGGUGUGGCCGUCAGUGGCUCAGCAGGACCUGGCACCUCUGCUGCUGGGUGGGGUCACUGUAGAAGACAGCAUCUCUGAGCAAAGAGCUGUCCCUGCCAGGAGAGGAGCACACUCAAAGGUAAGGGCGCCUAAGCUGCUUGAGGUCCUGAGGGCUCUGGAGGAGGGUGAGUUUGGCAACAAAAAAGAGGAGAUUUUCAUUGCCCCUGACAGUGCCUCUGGGGAUUUCACUGAUGAGAAUUCUGGGGAAGAAGACAGUGACCAGAAUGGUGCCCAACUGCUUGGCCAGAUGCUGCGUGCAUCUGUCUGAGGACUCAGACGAGGAGGAGGAAGAGGAAGAGGAAGAGAGGAGAAACCAGAACUGCAGCCAGCCAAGAAAAAGCAGAAGGCAGCAGGCAAGCCUUAGCGUGUUUGAACCAAGAGAGCCAUCCAGCCCAAUUUUGGUAGUUGGGAAGCCUCUGAUUCUCAUAUAGAGGACCUCAAAACCAAGGAGCUGAGUCCCGUGGGCCUCUUUGAACUGUUUUUGAUGACUGAGAUAAUCAGUUUCAUUGUUCAUGAAACCAUCCAUUAUGCUCAGCAGAAAAAUAUCACCCUAUAUCUCAUGGCCCAGGAACUGAAGUGUGUUUUGGGCAUCUUGAUUUUAAGUGGGUACAUCUCCUAUCCAAGGAGGCAGAUGUUUUGGGAGACAGCUCCUGACUCUCAUCAUUGCCUCGUGGCUGAUUCUCUCAGAAAGGACAGAUUUGAGCUGAUCUUCUCCAACCUGCAUUUUGCAGAUAACAGUGAACUCGAUGAAAGCGAUAGGUUUACCAAGGUCAGGCCCCUCACCAUCCAUCUGAACUGUAACUUCCAGAAGCAUACUCCCCUGGAAGAGUUCUACAGUUUUGGUGAAUCCAUCUAUGAGUACUUUGGGCACCAGGGGCCUAAGCAUCUGCACUCAGGGAAGCCAGUCUGGCUGGGCUACAGGAUCUAGUGUGGGCCAGCCAGCAGAGGCUACCUGGUAUGGUUUGAACCAGACAGAGGCUUGAAUGUAGGGACCAGUAUGGUAGUCAGCUGUGUGGAUGCACUUCAAGGGGGUGGCUGCCUGCCAUACCACAUAUUCUUUGACAAGGUCUUUACAAAUGUCAAACUGAUAUCCAUUUUGAGGGAAAGGGGAGUAAAAGUCACAGGAACUGUUUAUGAGUACAGGACCGAGCGUUGUCCCCUCAAGGGUCCCAAAGAACUGAGGAAAACAAAAAGGGGCUCUUUUGACUACAGGGUGGAUGAAAGCCAGGAGAUCAUUGUGUGCAGCUGGCACAACAGCCACGUGAUAAACAUCUGCUCCACUGUGGUGGGCAUAGAGCCAGUCAGACUGCCCAGCCACCACCUGGGAACAGCCAAAGCUCAGGCACAGGUCCACCAGCCAUCCUUGGUGAAGCUUGAUCAGGAAAAAGCCAGAGAGGUUGACCAAAUGGACCAGAGUAUCACCAAGUAUAAGGUAAAGAUCCGGGGCAUGAAGUGGUACCUGAGCUUCAUCAGCUACAUCAUGAAUGCAACCCUCAACAAUGAGUGGCAACUGCACAGGAUGUGCUGCCAGGACAGGCAGGUGGACGACCUGCUCACCUUCUGCAGGUCCAAGUAUCUGGAGAGCAAUGCAGACAUGUCCUCACAGGGGAGGCAGAGUCCGCUGGUAGAAACUGAGAGCUGCUUCAAUAUGAUUGGACACUGGAUUAUCCAUCAGGACAAGAGGACCCAGUGUGCCCUCUGCCACUCACAAACCAACAACCCCUGUGACAAGUGUCAGAAAGGUGUUCAUGCCAAGUGCUUCCGGGAGUAACAUAUCCCUGCUUCUUCAGGCUAUAAUGACACCACUGGGAGGACUUGA